AAUCAGCAAGCGUCUCCGCUCAAGCUGGAGGAGCAACUCCGUGUUGUUCGCGCAGGUGGCGUGCAAUUUGUCGCGUGUACGCGUGUGAGAGUGUGCGUGCGUGCGUGUCUGAAUGCCAACAAGUUGAAAUUAUUAUUAUAUAUUUUUUUUUAAUCAUUCUUUUUCCCCAAAAGAGCUUUGAAUUAAGCUACGGAAGUAAGCCGGGGCUCCGGUGAGUGAGGCAUCUUUCAGAGCAGCCCGAGGAACCGGGGAGAGAGAGAGAGAGAGAGAGAGAGAGAGAGAGAGAGAGAGAGAGAGAGAGAGAGAGAGAGAGAGAGAGAGAGAGAGAGAGAGAGAGAGAGAGAGAGAGAGAAAAUACUUUCCACAACAACGGCGACUCUAAUGAACUCGAAAAUAACAAGUUUUCUACGCGCAGCCGUUGAAAACAAGCCACAUCUACGCAGUAUAACGAAUGCCGGCGUGUCCUUCUUUCGACACUAGCGAACUUACUUGGAGCGAAGACUGUUGCGGCUGCUCGCGCCGUUGUUGUUUUAUUCAGUAUUUGUAGUAUUUGUUUUAUUUUUGUAUGUGUGGUUGGCGGUUUAGCAGUCAAGUAAUAGUCCCGUGUGCCUUCUUUUUAAACGCGUUACGUCGCUCACGUUAGCUAAUGAAGUCGUAGUAGCCGUCACGGUAACAGUACUACGGCGUAAUUGUAAGGGAUAAAGCCAUAAGCUACUCAGAAGGAGGGGGGGAGGAGAAGAAGAAGAAGAAAAAAUGCUAAAGACGCUGACGAAGAAGCUAAGAAGACACUCGCUCAACGAGAUACAUCCUUUCCAGCUGAAGAUUUCUUACCAUGGCAGUGGAGAGGGAGGGGAGAGUGACGACUCAGAGGGGGAGAACCAGGAGCUUGCCCAGAUUGACAGAGAGAGGCGGAGAAGCUGUGCCCUCACACCUUUGGCCACCAGCCAGCAGCACAACCAGAGCCCCCUCUCCCCAGCUCGGUUACGACGCCUUCGCCUCCUCUUAGACGCCAAUCUGGAUCGCCACUCCUCGGAGGAGGAGGAGCUCGAGCGGAUCAGCCGUGGCGACAACCGGAAGUGGGUGUCGGCACUUCCCCAGCGCCACGGCGACCACCACAGCAGCGCCUCCAGCGACGAGGAGGUGCGGGACCUCUUUGGCUGCGCGUCACCGGCUGCCUCCGCCAGGCCACUGGUCGAGCCGGGCGCCUGCCUGGCCGCCUCCCCGAGCCCCGUACUCUUCAGCUCCAGUCCGCCGCGCAGCCUCAAGCCACCCCCCAUGCGCUUUCAGCUGCAGGUGGUGCAGCCGGUGGCGCGUCCCAUCAUUUUGACCCACUUUGACCAGUCAGCACCUUAUAGGAAGUAUCGGCACAGUUACGGCAGAGAGCCGGGGAGGCCGAGUCUGGAUCUGGAGAAAAUGCAACAGAAAAUGCUGCUGAAAAAGAGCUGUGGAGGGAAAACGCGGACUAUAAAGAUUCGGAAUCUGACAGGCAGUCGACCUCCACCCAGGUAUACCUACGAUCCCUCCAUCUUCAGCUUCCGCUCCUUGAGCGCGGUGCCCCCCUGCAGCCCGCUGACCCCGUCUGAGGACCCUCCCUGCUCGUAAAGGAAGUCCACCCACCGCCAGAUAAUCGUCUCCCUUCUCGCUCUCCAUUCCCAGACGGCUGCUUUUUUCUUUUUGUGGCUUCUGCGGCGAGACCGAGGAGCGAUCGUUCAUGAAACCGACCGCUAGAAAAGACUUUUGUUCGACGGUCAAACUAUUGCACACUCAGGUAAUCCCACCCUGUAAAACAAAGCUGUCACUUUUGAUCAUCGUUCUCCCGGCGAGACCAGCGGGAACGUUGGGAGAACAAAAAUGGGCCUAAACACGACAUUUCUAAGGAUGCUUCAGGUAUUACGUACGUCUCUGAAAAAAAAAAGAUCCUGUUACUGGAUGAUCCAGAAACAAACAUGGACUGCGGGUUCAAAAGGUGGUACGAAGGCUGAAACCUGAAUUUAGUUCCGGGUAAAAUCAACAUUCGAGGGAAAUAAUGCAUGUAAGACAAUCAAACGGUUCUGAGGGUUCCUCCUUUUGAUGUGAUUACUGGACAUCUUGUAAGGUUCUUAGUAACUUCCUGUACUAAACAUGGCAACGUGAGUCAUCAGAUAACUUGUUAUUGGUGACACAAACAUAGCGAGUGGCCACAUUCGUCCGUCUGAAAAAUACUUUGGAUGUUUUAUUGAAUAUGCAGAUAAAACAUGACGUGUGUGCAGUCGACUAGCCGACCUUUGAUCUUUUUUGACUUAAUGAAUUUGUCACUUUUAGUCCAGGUCAGAGUAAAGUGCUUGUAUCCUCUCCCGGCAUGGACUCCGCCGUUUGUGCAGAAAGAGAAGGUACGCGUUGGUCUAAAGACGUACACGAAUAGUUCGCCGCACAUUUGGCAAGUGUAACGGGUGCUUUGUUACGCAUAGCCUACUUGUAGUGUGCCAUGUAUUUUCCAAUAUUGUACCUCAUUACUUUCUAGGUAGAAGAGGACCACACUGGUGUAUCCAAGACGUCCCAGUCUCUUAAAAUGCCUUGAAAUCACAUUCCUGUUGUAUCGAAUGAACGCACGGUGUAAAGCGGGUCCAUGUCACCACUGUAACUGAGAUUCCACCGAAGUGAAUGUAACAUUGUGACAUGUUUUGGUCCAUUGUUGCACAAAAUGAAUCAAUAAAUGCCCUGUGGCCUCGUGUUUAGGA